AUGAAUACUUCUGUAGAAGGUAUUAUUGUGAACAAUUGUCAAUACGCCCCGAUUUACGUGAUACAAGAUCCUGGCGCCACUCAGGGGAAUACAUACGUCCUUGCAUCGAAUAAUGUGGAGUCACCCAAACCAGUCAGUAAUAACCUGAAAACAUUUUACGAAAACAGCGGAAAUAUCGAGAAUGGGUUAAUAAACACAGACACCGGUAUCAAACUCAAUGUGGUUAAAAAGAAAGAGAGCGUAUUGAUUGGAAAUAACUUAAAGUUGGCGAGCUUUUUGCUACCCAAAAACGAGAAUGUAAAUAAACAAUAUGUGGUUGAUAACUUUAUUUUAAAACCUACAACAACAACAACGACAACAACUACAACAGCAAGUAAUCCAAUACCAAUAAACCAUCCACUAAAUACAGUACCAAAAAUAGAUAUUGAUAGAAAGAUAGUGAAACUCAAAGAGGUUCCGAUCAUCAACAGACAGAAAUUUUUGCCAAAGAUUAAACCAAAAGAGAACACACCCACUCGAUCCAAACACACAUCAGUGCAAUUAAUAAGAUUAGGAGAAACUUAUCAUAGUUUAAAUCAUUUAAGUGCUGAUCAAAUAAAGAUGGUGAAUCAAGCUUUGAAAAUGUUCAAUGAUCCUGAUAAAUCAGUACCAGAGCCUACAUAUGAUCCGGUCACCAAUACUAAGUAUAUUUACAAGGUGGUAUCUCCAAAAGACUUGACAGUGGUCGCUAAGAAGAAAAUUUUGUUAAAAGAUCGAAAGCAUCAAUUCACUAGAAUCCCUAAAAGAAUAGAAGCAGAGAAAAUCGUGAAACAUACACCACCAGAGAAAAUUGUGAAGCAAGUUGUGACUAAAGAGAUUCCAGUGCAAAAAGAAAUUGUUGAAGAAGAGGUUGAACCACCGGCUGAGGAUUUCGGCAGUCUGUACAGGCUUCAAAAACAUUAUGAAAAUCAUCCCACUCACAUACCCGCAAAAAUCCAUUCCAAUUUAUUCCAUUGUUUACUUGCUAUUAUCAAGAGUGGCUCCGAUGGAAACAAGACGAACAUAUUUAUACAGCAACUGGAACAACUUAUUGUCAAACUGAAAUCUUUACUACCAUGUUUAUUGAGCAAAGUAGAAGGUACUGAUGGGCAACCUUGUACAAUCAAUGAGGAUAUUGGCCGAUUAUUUGGCAUGAAUCCCGGCAAAUACAACAUCGAUGUAGAAGCAUUAAAUUGUGUAAAAGAUAAAAAUGGUUACUGUAUCCACAAUCCUCCAAAAAUCAAUCAAAUUAAUAAAGAUCAAAUUAAAUCUCCACAUUUACUUAAGAAUAUGAAUGAAAUAUUAAAUCCUGAUAAUGAAACUGAAAAUUGUGCAAGAAUAAACUCAGUGGCAAAGUGGCCCACUGUGAGCAAGAGAAUUUGGAAGCUCAAACCAAAAACUCAUGAACAAAGUGCUAAAAAAAUGAGACUGAAAUCGGAAGGAGACACGCUCAUAGAACUGGGAACAGAAGACUUCGCUUUUCCUAAAGAUGAAAAGAACAAUUCUAAUGCUGUAACUGUUAUUCCCGAUAAUAAUAUAGAAACAGCAAAUAUUAUACCUGAAGAUGAAGUGGCGAAAUUGUUGGAGAGUACAAAAGACUGCGAAGUCAACUCUGAACCAGGGACUGAACAGCAGACUGACGAUAUCACCAUGAAGGAACUUAGUAAACCAAAAACUAACUACGUAAAAUUCCACAGUACGCACUUCGACAUUCGAUCGUCGCCUAUAAAAUCAUCUUCAACAGUGUUCCGUAAAUUCCAGAUAAAUCCCAGUAAAAUGGCUAAUUACGAUGGACAGGUUAUUCGGUCAUUAGAAAUGGUUAAUAAACCUAACGAUAAAAAUGUUCCUCAGAAGAAAUCUAAUGGACUACACAAUUCAGGGAACAAUACUAAUUUACAAAGCAGAGAAAACACUGUUCAUAUCAAUACAAAUCCUACUUUAAGUGUCAGACGUGACCUCUUAGACCCAAAUAACAGUAUACAAUUGAGUAUACCUGAUAGUAUACUUGACUCAUUGACAAAUUCAGAUAGUAACCACAUUGACAUGGCAUCUAAUAAUAGCUUACGAUUGCACUCUGUGACUGAUUCAAAUGGAAUACAACAUGUUACAGUACUAAAUUCAGAAAAUGAACUUGAUGUUGAUAUGUUAGACUCUAAUAAUGAUACCCGCCUUGCUAAACCUGCUUCACCUGAUGAUCUGCACGAUGAUAUGUCAAAUAUUAUAGUCGUUGGAGGAGAUACUCCUAUUUCUCACCCAAGUAAUGAUUUACAUGUUACCAUAGAUGAUACUGACAGAAGGUUAGAUGUUAAUAUGCCAAAUUCAAAUAGUAUACAAUAUUUAGUUUCAACUACAGGUACUAGUUUACACGAUCUGUUCAAAGAUGAUGUGGACUUAGGAUGUAAAGAUGUAGAUGUGAUAGACCCUGAUUUAAAAGACUGGAUUAUAGGUACAAGUGAGAAGUCAGAAGAUGGUUUUAGUAAGUCCAGCUUGAUGGAGCCAGUGUUGCUACAUAGUGAGAAAUCAUUAGACUCGAAAACAUUAACUCAGUGCAAUGACAUGCCAACAUUAGACGACUCAUCUGACAAUCGCCUUCUGUCGAGUCAAGGCGAAUCAGUAUUAAACUUUUUAGAUACACUAGGCAAUGACUUAUACCCUGAGACUGAGAUUAGAAAUAAUGGUGUGGACUUCCAGUUGGAUCUGUUCGCAUUUCAUAAUUCAUAG